UUGGGCUGGCUUUCCCUGGCUGCAGACAUGCUGUGGAUCUGGGCUGGCCUGCCUCUGGUGCUUGCUGGAACCCAGUUAAGUAUUCAUACCCAAGAUAAUGAUAGCUUCUCUGUGCCAUUGGAGUUGAGAAGGAAUGUUCGUGAAAUUGAUACUGGCUGCCCAGAAGGAUUAUAUCGUGAUGGCGAAUUUUGCUGUCAACCAUGCCAUCCUGGUAAACGAAAACAUUCACGCUGCACAGGCAAUGGGAGUAAACCAAUCUGCUAUCCAUGCACAGAAGGGAAGGAGUACAUGGACAAAAAGCAUUACUCUGAUAAAUGCAGAAGAUGUGCACUCUGUGAUGGAGGGCAUGGUUUAGAAGUGGAAGCAAACUGCACCCCAACCCAGAAUACCAAGUGCAGAUGCAAAGAAGGCUUCUAUUGCGAUACUUCUGUCUGUGAACACUGUGAAGUCUGCGUCUCGUGUGAACAUGGAGUCCUUGAAGAGUGCACACGAACCAGCAAUACUAAAUGCAAGGGAAAAGGCCCCAGCAGUCUCCUAUGGUUGCUGUUGUUGAUCAUGAUCAUCCCUGUUUUGGUAAUACUGUUUGUGUUAUAUAAAAAGUACUGGAGAAGAAGCCAUGAUGACCCUGAAUCUGAAACCUCAAAUCCUGAAAAUGUGCCAAUGAAUUUUGGAGAUGAUGAUAACUUGAGUAAAUACCUCCCAAUUAUUGCUGAACAAAUGACUAUAAAUCAAGUUAAAAAAUUUGCUCGGGUGAAUAAGAUCCCUGAGACAAAGAUAGACGAGAUCAAGAAUGACCAUAUCCAAGACACAGCUGAGCAGAAAAUCCAGCUGCUUCAGUGCUGGUAUCAGUCUCAUGGGAAGAAGGAUGCAUAUCACGCCUUCAUUAAAGGUCUCAAAAGAGCCCACUGUUGCACUGUUGCUGAAAGAUUUCAGGCCAUCGUCCGGCAGGACAGUGAGCAUUCAGUUUAGGACAUCAGAGAUGAAAAUGAAAGACCACGACAUCUUGAGUGAAAACUACUUCAGUUCCAGCUAUGAAGAGAGAGAAGAAAGAGCACUGAGAGCCUCAAUGACAGACACCAAAUGAAAACCUACUUGACUGCCAUUGGCAACUCCGGGUCUGUUCUCUUUGCCUGCAAAUGACAGCUAGUAACCAGAAAGGGUAAAAUGACUAGCAGGUUCCAGGAUCUGGUUUUGUUAUUUUUACAUUCAAACCUCAUGAAAGUUGUGUUAAAUGUGAAUUGGAAUCUGCAGUGUUUGAGUUUAUACUCACAUACUGUGAACUGAGGAGACUUAUAAAUGAAGACAAAUGCUUGCAGCUACCUAAAGAUCUUUCACUGAUGGACAGUUAUUUUCCUCUGUAUAUGGGAAUGUAUAUUAGAGAAAAUCGUUUACUUAAAUUAAAUUAUCAUUUUUGCAUUUCUA